AGUCAGACCUUAAGGAGGGACAUCAGAAUUUAAGGAGGGACGUCAGACCUUAAGGAGGGGACUUCAGACCUUAACGAGGGUCGUCAGGCCUUAACGAGGGACGUCAGGCCUUAACGAGGGACGUCAGACCUUAACGAGGGACGUCAGACUUUAAGGAGGGACGUCAGACCUUAAGGAGGGACUUCAGACCUUAACGAGGGUCGUCAGGCCUUAAGGAGGGACGUCAGACCUUAAGGAGGGACGUCAGACUUUAAGGAGGGACGUCAGACCUUAAGGAGGGACGUCAGACCUUAACCAGGGAAGUCAGACCUUAAGGAGGGACGUCAGACCUUAAGGAGGGACGUCAGACCUUAAGGAGGGACGUCAGACCUUAACCAGGGACGUCAGGCCUUAAGGAGGGACGUCAGACCUUAACCAGGGAAGUCAGACCUUAAGGAGGGACGUCAGGCCUUAAGGAGGGACGUCAGACCUUAACGAGGGACGGGAAGGUUCCUCAGUCUGUAGCCGAGUCCUGAUUGGACUGUCCUGUUGACGCUGUGAUUGGUUGAUGUUUGGUGUAAAGAAGAUGACCCCUGACCCCCCCCCUGACGCCCCCCCCUGUCCUCGUCCUCUGCGCCGCCAUCCCUCCACCCCCCCCCUCCCCCUCAGGAUGCUAAAGCUUGUUGCUAAGCAACCAGAGAUGGUGGUGUUGCGGGAGCGGAGGAGGGUCAGAGGUCAUGUGACCGGCAGCAGGGAGUCCUGGCCGGGCGCCGCCCCCCCUCCGGUUGCCUCUCAUUGGUCCGUCCCUGUCAGAGCUCCUCCCAGUGGGCGGGGCUCUGAGGCCAGCAUGAUGUCACUGAUGCUGCUCUGCCACAGUAGAGAGCUGGUUGCCAUCGACAACAAAAUCGAGCAGGCCAUGGACUUGGUGAAGAGUCACCUGAUGCUGGCGGUCAGAGAGGAGGUGGAGCUUCUGAAGGAUCAGAUCAGAGACCUGAGGGAGAGGAACCAGAACCUGGAGAGAGAGAACCUGCUGCUGAGAACCCUCACACACACACA